UGUGAUUAAAUUUAAUGUUUAAUAGGUAUAUGUUUUAACUAUUUUUACGCAGUUAUUGAAACAUUUCGUAUUUCAAUGCACUAGAAACUGAAAUACUGCUUUAAAAUGGAUCAAAAUAAUACAAAGAAUGCAUCGGAAGGAAUAGCACCAAUGGGUAUAACAGCCUUAAAUGAAACAGUGCUAACUAAUCAACCAGAGUCAAGAUAUGAAUGUCCUGUAUGUUUGAAUUGGUUAAGAGACCCUGUCAUCACAACCUGUGGUCACAAAUUUUGUAAAAGCUGCAUCACUUCGUGGUUACAAAACAGUGGUCACUGUCCUAUUGACAAUAUAAAUCUCAGCAUGAAAGUGGAUAUAUUUCCUGAUAACUAUACAAAACGUGAAAUACAGGAGCAAAGGAUGUCCUGCCCAUUUGCGGGUAAAGGAUGUACAGUAAAAGUGACUCCAUUAGACUUAGAUGCACACAUAUCAACAUGUGAAUUCAAUCAGCCAGAGGCCUCCACACACCAUGAUGUUAAGAUACCUUGCUCUUUCAGUGCUGUCGGGUGCAAAGAGACAUUUGAUAACCAGGAAGCUGCUAACACACAUUUACAUAAUGAUAUAUUGAGUCAUAUGAGUCUUCUAAUGAACGCGUAUUCCAAAAUAAAAAUAGACAAUGACAUGUCUAACACAAGCAUAGACGCUAAGGAGCAGGAGGCUCUUCUUUGGGAAGCACCCGAUAAGAAUGGGAAUGAGGCCAGUACACCGCUUCCUAAUGACACCAGUGCUCUUAUAAGAGCCCUCUAUGAACGGGUGGUAGUACUAGAACAAAGAAAUCGCGAACAGGACAUAGUGAUAGCAAACAUUUCUAAACAACUCUCAGCCUUUGCUGUGGCAAAGAUGAAACAGAACAAUGAUAUGCUACUCAGAUACUGUAUGGGCAAUUAUAUAUGGAAAGUGGAUAAUUUCAAAGCACGAUUAGACGCAAUGCUCAAGGACCAUAAUAAAAUGUUAUACAGCCCUGGAUUUUACACUUCUCCAAAUGGAUAUAGAUUCUGCGUCCGCCUAAACAUAUCCCCCCUCAACCCGCUCUGUUUCGCCCUCCACGUGCACUUAAUGAAAACUGAGAACGACGAUUACCUGGACUGGCCUUUCAAUGGCAGAAUAUCCUUUUCCAUGAUCAAUCAAUAUGACUCCGAGUACACUCAAAGGGACACAAUGAUGUCGAACUCAUCUUUGGUCGCAUUCAGAAAACCCACUUCUGAGAUCUGUGUGAGGGGUUUUGGUUACAAUGAGUAUGCCGAAGUCAGCGAUGUGGUGAGAAAUGGAUUUGUUAAGAACGACGUGCUUAUUAUCAGUGUUAGAAUCAAAUGUGUAUGACAUAAGGAGUAAUUUUUUUUAAUAAAGAUUAUUUAAAAAUGUACUUAAAUUGAGAUGUUUGUAUAAAGGAAGUGUGUUAGUGUGUCUCUAGUACCGUCUCAUAGUAGACAGUUAUUUUAAAAUUAUAUAGGCUACCAAAACCCUUAAUUUAUAUCAUCUCAUUUGAUUAUUCUGUGUUUUAAAUACACAAAGUUAUGAUAAUUGUAUGUUUAGUAUGCUUAAACGUAUAUAAUAAUUUUCAUUUCGAUAAAUGUACGCAAACGCCAAAUUUUAAGAAAAAACUCGCACAGAAGUAAUGCUACCUAGCUUUUGUAAUCAGUGUGAAUAUCACAAAAAAUCUUGUAAAAUAUUCUAAUUUUGAUAACUUUAAGUUCUAAGUCAAAUAUGUACUUAGUUUAAAAAAAAUUAAGUUAUUACAGAGUAAGAAAUAUUCCAUUACAGUGUUAAAAUUAUUUGUAGACUUUUGUUGCAUUGUUAAAUCUUAUUUUGUAGUUGUUAGGAAAUAUUAAAAUAUAACGAAUUGUUAAGAAUAUGCGUCCUGCAUCGGGCAGACAAUAGUGUAAUUGUUCCGUCCACUUGAAACAUUUACGCACAGUAUUUUAAUUUAAACUAGUAGUAGUAGCAGAUGAAGUUUUUUUUGAAUUGUUAAAUAUAGUAAAUAAUUAAAUAGUAAUUAAAUGAUUACCGUCCAUAUAUUUAGAUAUAAGUGCAAUCUCAAAGUGCAUUUUAUUGUGCUAUAUUAAACAUUAUUAUUAUUAAAGUUUAAGAUACAUAUAUUAUUUGAUUGUGCAACCUCAUUUUAUCGUUUAUAUUUUUAUUAAAGUAUACUUGUUAUA